GCUAAGGUGUACUUGCUGGUUUGUUGGAAGGCUGCUUUCAAUCAAUUUUGACUUCAUGGUAUGCACCAAUCAUUUUAUAUAUAGCAGGUUGCUGGUUCUUGAUGUGAAGGGCGGUAGACAUGGGAUGUUGGCUUUUUGUAUGCCAAAUCCCAACCAGUCAACUCAGUACUUAGGUUGCUAACUGAUCCAUAACCGAGUCAUUGCCCCUAAUUGACUCUGCUGGCGUAGGGCUUACAAUAAGGAGAAAAGGGUAGGGUUUUAUUUUUGCAGGGACGAAGUCCCUUAUGAUCCUUACCGGUUAGCUUACCAGAACCCUGUUUUAUGGAGAGCCAUCCAUUUUUGCUCCAGAAAGCAGCCUAGAGGUUGCCAUUCUUCAAUGUUUAUUGAAGAUACUACACCAUCUAGUUGCAGACACAUGGUCCCUUUUAAGGGUGGUACAAAAAGAGAGACUGAAGUGAUAUCCUAGCCCAACCUCGCCCUAGGAUAGUAAAUUUAGGUGUGUAGAAGCAUCUGUGCCACUGUAAUUUGAUUGCCAUGCUUGUCUAAGCGAUAGAUCAUCUACUACUAUGCGUCUGAUUAAUUUCAAGUUGAUUUUGAUGUAGGAAAAAGACUCGGUGACACAAAUCAUAUCAUAUAUGAGGUACAUGAUGUUUCUGAAAGUGUUUUAGUAUUUGUUUUUUAAAAUAUUUUUUAUUAAAAAUAUAUUAAAAUAAUAUAUAUAUUUUAAUUUUUUUUUAAUAUCAACAAAUCAAAUAAUUCAAAAACAAUAACAAUAAAAAAAUUAUUUUUUAAAAAACUAUGUUUGACACAAUUCCAACCUCCCUAACUCCAUAAUUCAUUUUUGAAAAAUAUUAAAAAAAAUAAUAAAUCUCUAAAGAAAAUAAAUAAGCCUAAUAUAUAAAAGUAUAAUAACAAGAUGGCCAAAUCCAAAUAUUAUGAAUUAAAAACCUUUUCGGAAAAAAAUAAAAAGAAAAAGAAAAAGAAAAGGAGGAAAAAACUCAAAAUUUAUAGUUAAAGAAACUAAAAAAAAAAAAACUUUUAAUGGUUACAAUAGAGAGGAGAUAAUAGAAAACUUAUAUUGUACAAUUACAAGGAAACGCUUAUAUUAUUAUUCAAGUAAUUUAAAUGAAUGUAUGUGGUAAUGCUUUAAUAUCAUAUUUGAAAAUGAAUUUUUCAAGUAAUAACACUGAGAAAUAAGUAUUAUCUUUGAUACACAGAAACUAUUAAUCUACAAUACUUAAUUAAAAUAUCCAUGCUAACAGAGAAUAGUUAAUUUAUAUACACAUAGUAUUCUAUAUAUCUAGUUAGUGAGAGAAAAACUAAUAUGUAGUGAUUGAUCAUCUCAUAAUAAUCGAGGACACAAACCUCACUUGUUAUCUAAGGUAAUAACUUUAUCUGAUCUCUUACAUAUAUUUUAUUAUCAUAUUUUAUUAUGCUUAAUGUUAGUGUGUGUAUCUAAUUUAGUUCUUAUACUUAUAAAUAGUUAAAAUAUGUAUUAAAUGUUAUUUCUUUACUGAUCAGUUGGUUGAACUCGUCUAUUUAUUUUAAUAUUAUUUUAGGUUCUUAGUUUUUGUUAGGAAGUUGACUUUUGAUCGAGAGUUACUGCUACUUUAUUUAUUGGUAUACCUUAUUUAUUUAUGCGAGAUUUUUGUUAUUUGUUGUGUUUCAAUAUCUUAUACGUUGUUUUCAUUAAAGUUAAGAUUUUUAUUUCGAAGAUUGAAUUUUAUUUAAUAUAAUAAAUAUUUUGAAUUAUAAAUUGUUUUAUUAAUUUUAAGAAAUAUUUAAAAGAAUAUAAAAUUCUGCGUAAAUUUUAUAAUAUAUAUGUUAUAAGGUUUAACCUAGGCAAUAUAGGUGAGGGGUUAUCGCUCCUACGUUGCCGUACCGGGAUUGGAUAGUGACAAAAAAAAUAAAAUAAUUGUUUCAAUUUCAAGGUGGAAAAGAAAAACAAAGGUUAGGCAAUCAGGAGGAGAGAGUGUUGUUUAAGUUUUGCAGUCCUUGUCAAGCUGAGCUUUGAGGAAAGUGGUAUUCUGAUUACUUUAAUAUCUGGGAAGAGUUAUUUAAUGAUUCUUUUCAAUUAAUGUGGAGGAUGAAAUGGAGUAAUGAGAUUAUUGCAAUAUUUAUUUUUUCUUCAACAAAGUAGUUGGCUCACCAGAAAUGGUGGGACUGGGUCUACGGCAGCGCAUCGCAAGCUAGCCUGGAAGCACAACAUUUUCCACUAAUUUCAUAUAUAAUCAUGUAAUUAGAGGAAAUGCAUCUGUAUAUAUUAUCUUAAGGUCCAUUUGCAGAUUAUUUUAAGUUUCUCUUUUCUUGGGACUUUGUCUCUAUGGAACUACUCCGUUCAGGCAUCUAAGGGCGGCAUUUUCUACCUCUAAAGACAUUGAAUAUACCGGAUUGGAAAGUAUCAAAAUACUUUUUGUUGGUUUCUUCGGCUCCAAGGGCCUCCAAAACCCUACAAUUUUCUAGAGCAAUUGUUCAUCUAAUCCAUAGGAUGCGGCUCUAGCUAGCUGAAGGCUACUGACAACACUAACUUGGCUGAUAUCGAUAAUUGGAUAUGCCCAUAUUGCUGGUUUAUGUUUAAUACUGAUUUAUGAUCUUUUUCAACACCCACAGGGUAGUUUCCUGCCAUUAAAAAACAGUACCAAGUUCUAAUGAAGGUCAUCAGAAACUUUUAUAGAAUUCAGAUACUGUCCUUUAAAUGGCUUGCAAAUUGCAACAGCCUUGAUUUCAAGCCAAGUUUCUACGUUAACUAAAUGUUCCUAAAUGGUCACUUUCCACUAAAGAUUAAAGAAUUUAGAGGCUGAUGUUUCAUCCCAAUUGAAUAUAUUAAUUUUUGCAGUUUGUUGCCACUCUAUCAUCAUUUGAGAAUUCAUUUUUUUUCCCUUCUGCUUGUUUAUCCUUGAGUUGGAUUGAUAGAGGCGAGGAAGUUGAGCAAAAUUAAUGGUAUAAUCAAGGUUUAUUCGAAAUACUUAUACUAACUAAUGAUCACAUGACAUGUAUUAAUCUUGCAUAAGAUCAUACAAUUACAAUCAUUAUUAAAAUACCAAUUGGGAACAACUGUUGAUGAUGGUUUCCAGUUUUAGAACAUUGCUCUUGUCAUUGUCAGCAUGCCCUUCAUUAUUCUUUUUUUUUAAUAUAUAAUUUCUUUAAUUUAUUACAUUAAGAUCCAAGUUUGCAACAAGAAAUAUUUUAGUCAGUUUGGCUUUGUCUUCUCUUCACACCUCCCUCUAAUUUCUUACACCAAAUCCCCUACUUGCUUCUCCUAUUCCUAUAGUGAUCACUUUGGUUUCUUCGAUUCUCCUACACAGAUCCUUUUUUUUCCUCUCAGAGGUUUUGACCACUUUGGUUUCUGAUUCUCAGUCUCCCUUGGUCCUUUCUUUCCAUGGUUUUACCUUUGUUUCGUAAUUUUUCCAUAUUGACACAUACUUUAACAGCCUUUGCAGAUAUAAGUUUUUGUCGUGGCGUUUUUGAAAGACUUCUAUACAUAUACUUCCAUUUGUCUCUCAAUUUUAUCCCCCGUCUUUCUCAGAUAUUCGAGUUUUGGUGACUGGUCCAGAAAGAAAUCCUUUUCAAGUUUAAGAUAGAAAUUGGUUUGGAUAAUUGGUACUGUUAUGGGUAGGAACACUGAAGGAGAGGUUCUUUACAGUGCAGGAUCGAAGGCCAUGGUGGAAGGUCAACCUAAAAAAUCUCUUUUUGCAUCUAUAACAAAACAUGAAGUCGAAAAUGGCAGGUCAAGCAGUAUGAUUUUGAAGAAAGCACAUACUGUAGUUCCUGCACAUAUCUUGGCAGAAGCAAUAUCGACAAUCCGUGGUCUUGACCUCAGAUGGUCAGGUCCAAUAACAACAACAGAAAUGCAAUAUGUUGAGCAGUAUGUCUUGGCGAAGUACCCCCAAUAUGCUGGCUUUAUCGGAGAGAAGGUAGAUCUCUCUACUCUUUGUAUCAACGAAGAGAUCUCAGAGCCUUCACCCGACGACAAGAACAAGUCACCUAGGACUGGUCUUAGAGAGGUCUCCACACCAUCCUUUGGAAGCAAUCACCCUGACUUGGAUAGAACCCAGUUAGAGCCAUCUAGACUGCUUGAUAUUCUUACAGAGAAAUCCUCAUUUCCAGGGAGUUUUGUAUCGAUACCAGAAAUCCAAGCUCAGCACAAGGUUCUGAGGCACUGUGGAUUACCUGAUGAUGAGUAUCUUGUCCUUUUCACUCAAAACUACAAAGAUGCAAUGAUGUUAGUAGGAGAGAGCUACCCUUUCUUCCGAGGGAACUUCUACAUGACUGCUAUCGGGGAAGAAAUGGAUUACGUAAAGGAAUUCGCCAGUUACAAGGAAUCAAAAGUGAUCCCGACACCAGAGAAUUGGUUGAAUUUGAGAAUCAAGGGAUCACAGCUUAGCCAGUAUUUUAGAAGGAAGUGCAAGCACUGUCCUAAGGGGUUAUUCUCAUACCCAGCUGAUGUGAAUGGAACUCGCUAUUCGAUGCAUUGGGUAUCCGAAGCCCAUCGGAACUCAUGGCAUGUUCUGCUGGAUGCAACCGCCCUGGUCGUCGGGAAGGAUAGGUUGAAUCUUUCACUUCACAGGCCUGACUUUGUGCUGUGCAGUCCUGACAAUACCCCUGCUAAUCCUUCUACAAUCACAUGCCUUCUUGUUAGGAAGAAAUCUUUUGAUACUACAACAGCUUCAUCUUAGCUCAAAGAUUAAGAAGAGGUGUUCGUUUGUGAAUAUUGAAUAUGUUUAGACUGGUUAAUUAAGGAACAUCAACACAUGUCUCCGCCUUGGCAUCUGAAAUUAGUAGUCUGAUUUGGUUAAUUAUAGCCUGUCAUCAUUGAAUAAUCUUUCAGUCUAUGAAUAAUCCUAGGCAUCGAAUAGAAAUAGAUAGGUGUAUUAUGGAAAAUAAAGAAACUCGAUUUUUCCUUGAUUUA